AUGGAAACAAAAAUAGUGGGUUAUAGAUUUUAUCCAACGGGAGAGGAAUUGAUAAACCAUUAUCUGAAGAACAAAAUUAUGGGUCGAACAUGGUUAGUCGACGAUGUGAUUGGCGAGAUUAACAUUUCUAGUUACGAGCCAGAGUCUUUGCCACCGUUAUCGAAGAUCAAAUCUAAGGAUCAUACAUGGUUCUUCUUCUCUAGGAAAGAGUACACGUCCGCUAAGAAGAAGACAUUCAAGAGGACAACGAGAUAUGGGUAUUGGAAAGCGACAGGUAAGGAUCGAACAAUAUUCAAGGAGAACGACAGAAGAAAUGGUAUUGAGAUUGGUAUUAAGAAGACGUUUGUGUAUCAUCAAGGUAAGGUUUCUAGUGGAAUUAGGACUCCUUGGGUUAUGCACGAGUACCACAUCACUUGCUUGCCUCUUCAUCAGAGGACCUAUGUUAUUUGCAAAAUAAUCUAUAAGGGUGACGUUGGAGACAUCCCAUCUGGUAGUAACUCGAGUCACUCUUUGGUCUUUGAUGACUCAAAUACAGUCGGAGCGAUUAGCACACAGCCUGAAUUGGUACUUGAGCAGCCAGGUGAAGAAAGUUCCACUGGUUUAUCUGUGAAUGAUUUGACAAUGCUAAUGAACGAACAAGAGGAUCUCUGUACGUGGGAUGUAUUGGAUUUGGAGCCAAAUACGUUUUUCACUGACAACAACAACUACAAUAACCCUAACGUGCAGCCACAAACUCCUUACGAUGAUGAGUAUUGGAGUCGGCUGUUUGGUGGGUUAUAA